CUGCCAGGCAAGGGCGUCACUGCAAUUUGCAAAUGCAGGACUUCGGAAAACUCUGCUUGAAGUUGAACUCGAACGUGAAGUUCCUGAGGUUUUAGUUUUGCCAUUCGUUGUUUAGACACAAGCUCUUCAAGUUUUGGAGCCCUCUCACCACUACACUCACCACGCUGUCAUUUGCGGGGCAUAAGAAGUUCUCGCUCUCCAACUGUGGAAAGAAGGGCGGCAGACCAUACUGUCUGAGAGAUAAUUCUUGGAAAGCAUUGCACAAUGCAGGCGGUCGCCGCACCAGCAUGGAAUCCUGUGGGGGUGCGAUUCCUGCAUCGAUCCUCUCAAGUGACUUCUGGGUCUAAUGGAGCAAUUGCUUGCCACACCACCUCACAUCAUCGACCCUACGCCCAUCUUCCAUCUACUCAGCGCUUCCGAAGCCCUAGGAACGUAGGAAACCCGUCCGCACAGGUGUCUUCAUGCAACUUCUUAUCAGGAGAUCUGCAGUGGUUCGGAUGCACAUCUGUCCAACUAACUGAAAGAAGCCCCAGAAAGAAUCAAUCAUUGAGAGGCGGCCGGCAUUCAAUACGCGCCUCUUUGGAAGUAGGUCCAGUGGGUGAUGGAAAAUCGUUGCAGCUGAAGGAGAGUUUCUCUGGGGGGGGGCAUGAAGCAGCGAAAGAAGGGGGGGGUGAGGAAAAGAAAAAGGUGGUGGUAGUAGGGGCAGGGUGGGCAGGUCUGGGCGCAGCACACCACCUCAUCAAACAGGGCUUUGAUGUCACUUUGCUUGAGGCCGGGCCUCAGCCAGGGGGCCUAGUGGCGGGCUGGAAGACUGACGCUGGCCGCUCCGUUGAGGUGGGGAUACAUGGUUUCUGGUACCCCUACCGCAACAUCUUCGCGCUGACGGACGAGCUCGGCCUGCGCCCCUUCACCGACUGGACCAAAUCUUCCCAGUACAGCCCCUUCGGCUUAGAAGUCGAGUCGCCCAUCUUUCAGGAGAUGCCGCGGUUGCCGAGUCCCCUGGGCACCUUCGUCUGGACGCAGUUCCAAAGGCUGCCGCUCGCGGAUAGGCUGACGGCGCUCCCGCUGAUGUAUGCGGUGGUGGACUUUGAUAACAGCGACGAGGCGUGGAGCAAGUACGACAAACUAACGGCGCGCGAGCUGUUCAAGAUGUACGGCUGCUCGGAGCGUGUGUACACCGACGCGUUCAACCCGAUGCUGCUGGUCGGGCUAUUCGCCCCGGGGGAGCAGUGCAGCGCGGCCGCGGCGCUCGGCAUGCUCUACUACUUCAUCCUAGCGCACCAGGCCGACUUCGACGUCGUCUGGUGUCGGGGCACGGUGGGCGAGCAGAUCUUCCGGCCGUGGGUUGAGCGCAUGCAGAACCAGGGCGUACGGUUCCUGGCGAACAAGCGCGUGUCAGACCUGGUUCUAAACGAGCAGACCGGGGCCGUCUCGGGCGUGGUGUGCGGGGACGAGACGUUCGACGCGGACACCGUUGUCUUUUCGGUGGGGAUCAGUGGGAUGCAGAGAAUCGUGGCGGGAAGCUCAGUGCUACGGACGCGGGACGAAUUUCUGAGCACAGCGAACUUAGGCGCGGUGGACAUUUUGGCUGUCCGGCUAUGGCUGGAUAAAAAGAUCCCCAUCCCCAAGCCCAGCAACGCGUGCUUCGGCUUUGACAGCACCACCGGCUGGACGUUCUUCGACCUCAACGCGCUGCACGACGAGUACCGCGACGAACCGGGGACCGUAGUCGAAGCGGACUUUUACCAUGCGAACCAAUUCCUGCCUCUAAGCGAUGACGCCAUCGUGCGGAAGGUCCAGAGCUAUCUUGCCACGUGUAUACCGGAGUUCGGAACGGCCAGUGUCAAAGAGUCGGCGGUCGUGAGAGUGCGACGGGCGGUCACGCACUUCUCACCAGGCUCGUACCCCAGCCUGAUGCGCGGCACUACCAGCUUUCCCAACGUGUUUAUGAGCGGUGACUGGAUCGUCAACCGGCACGGCUCGUGGUCGCAGGAGAAAGCCUUCGUGACGGGCCUGGAGGCCGCGAAUCGGGUAGUGGAGCUGUUCCGAAAAGGAACGCUGGCGAGGAUUGUUCCCGUGGAAGACGAUGAGCCGCAUGUGACCGCGCUGAGGCAGGUCAACCAGGCCGCCAAAGGGGUGAUCUCCAGGCUCCCCUUUGCGAACUACUUUUUGUAGCGCACAUUCUUGGCGGCUGAAAUAGCCAGAGCCCUGGCACCUGAGGGAGUCAUGGGCGGGUAGGUAUUGAAAGAAAGGUGCACUGGCAUACUCGGGAGUCCAGGUAAUUGUGUUUCGAUUUCGAGCACGCAUGCGUUGGGUGGUUGUAAGGCGACUGCCACGGUUCACGAGUUGAAGGUACAUGGUCACGGAGCUCUAUGAUUGUGCGAGAAGUGUUUAUAAGCGCCCCUUGAGGGAGG